AAAAUAUCAUUAGCACUGAAUGCUGGUGACCUGUGGACCGGUGGCAUGGAGACAACAGUGACAACACUGCGCUGGGCCAUCAUCUAUUUGAUUCACAAUCCAGACGUUCAAAAGCUUGUUCACGAGGACAUCGAUCGAGUAUCGCUUGAUUAUUACACAUAA